CAUCUGCGGUUGCUCAGUUUUGGUUAGAUCUAAGGUUCUUUGGAGCCAUUUUCCGAACAAUGGAAACUUUCAUUUGUCUUCGGCUUUUUACUUUUAAACCAGAUGCAAGGAAAGUACUCCAGGUUAACUUAAUAGGCUGGACUUAAUGGGUUAAUGAGUGCCGGCCGAGGGUAAUUGGAAAACCAGUUCCAGCUCUUAACAACCGAUGAUCAAUAAUAAGUUUUGGGGCAGGGAUUUGCUUAAAGUGCAGCCGAGCUGGAGAACCUAAUCCCAGCGGACUUGGGCUUCUUCCAUAAAAGUGAAGCGAAAAGGGUUAACCUUUAAAAUUUACAAUGUCCCACGGUCGCCGUUUUUAUGACAAGGGCGGCCCACAAAAAUGAAAGCUGUGAAAUAAAACGAAAAGAAAAGCCGAAAACAGCGAUACAGAACAAGAACAAACGGAGAAGGGAUGGCUCCAAAUGAAAAUAAAACACAAACAGAAUCUGGCAGCGAGCGAGGAAAAUGGAAAUGGCAGGAAAAUUCAAAUCACAAACUCGGUAUUUAUUUGCGAAGCGUAAAUGAUUACCACUUAAAAUGUGCUCGACUGCCACCUAAAAACCAAUUGUUGGAAAAAGCACAACCAACCGAGUUUCUGGGCGGCGCUGGGUGGCCGCAGUGGGCGACUCCAAGGACACGGCAGCAGAAGGAGUAAAAGGACCAAAGGCAACAUAUGUUUUUUAUGCCUGAGCUGUCUAAGUGGAUACGGGCGGAACGGAACGAGUGCUCGGUUGGAAAAGCCAGGGGGAUGGAGGAGGAUGGGAGGAUGGGGCUCCUUGCCGGGCGAGAAAACUGCGGGACAGCUGCCAGAGCUUGUUAGAAUCUCCCAAAGGGGGGAAUUCCCUGGCAAAGCGAAAUAUGGAAUUCAUUAAACGAUUCGUUAUAUAUAGAAUAAAUUGGAUUGGAAAAGCAAAUACCCUAAACAAAGGCGGAGCAGAACUUGUUAAGCCGAGAAAGUGGUGCAUUUAUUGUGUGAUUUAUUGGACUUAAGAACUAGCUGGCGUUAGUCAACUACUGUGAGUUUAAGAAAUCUUCGUUAUCAAAAUUGCACAAUUAUGGAUGUAUAAGUACACUUCUUAGGAAACAGAAAAGUU